AUGCAGUCAGCCAUCCAGUCGGUCACGCACAACUUGCCGCUUUUCCUACAGAAGCCCGUCAUCGGGUUGAUCGGUCAAGAGUGCUAUACAACGCUCAUCUACAAUGUCGAUUUCAGCUCGACACACUGCGUCAAGUAUGCCAUAUCGAAAGGGCUUGGACUGGGAAUCGUCGUGUUCGGAAGCAUCAUGAAGGUGCCGCAGAUCCUCAACAUUGUCAAUGGACGGAGCGCACGUGGCAUCUCCCUGUCGAUGUAUACACUCGAGGUUGUGGCCUAUACCAUCUCGCUAGCCUACGCCGUUCGAUCGCGUCUUCCUUUCUCGACCUACGGCGAGAACCUGAGCUUGACAGUUCAAAACAUGAUCAUAUUGCUGCUCGUGAUUGCUUACACGCCAGACCACCGAAGUGGUCGUGUCGAACCGUCAGCGCGUUCCAACACGAUUACGAUUGCAGCAGCGUUGAUGGGCAUCGGCUCUCUGGCUUUAGCAACGCCAGCAGUGAUUUCAGCAUCGACCUUGACAUUCCUGCAGGCAUGCACCAUUCCGAUCUCGCUCGCAUCCAAGGUGCCGCAGAUGGCCGAGCUCUACAAAGAUAAGAGCCGAGGUCAGCUCAGCAGCAUCGUUGUGUUUGCCCAGCUGCUUGGUACCAUUGCGAGGGUGUUUACCACCAUGACCGAGACGGACGACAAGCUGCUGCUCUACGGAUUCGGACUGGCAACGCUGUUUAAUGCCGCCAUCGCAGCGCAAGUGGUGUACUACUGGAACGGCGACAAGGCUCUGGCGGAAGAAAAGAAGCGCGAUGGCGAAAAGAUUGGGCUAUACUCGACGUCAUCUAGUGUAGCGCCUUCUUUUGAGCCUUUUUCGGUCAGCACUCAUGGCCCAUCCAAGACCACCAGCAGAAAGAUCGACUGA